GCGCACGGUAACUGCACCGGUUGUGGUGUCGUUCUCUCUGCCAAAGUUACCGUAGCGGAGGAGUACAUCACAUCUUCUCGCCUUCUCUCUCCCCAUUGCCACUACCUCUCUAGGUUAUGGAUUACAGCCGUAGGUGGGCCGAACCCCAGGCGCCGCCGCAGCCGCCGCCGACGUACCACCACCCCGAAUCCCACCUCUACAGCGCACCGCCGCCGCAGCCGGUCCCGCAGCAUCUCCUUCCCCACCCCGUCGCUUACUAUCCCUAUCCUAAUCCUCACCCCAACCCUUAUCCUCCUGGCGAUCCUGAGACCGCAGUCAGACCUGACGCCCAUGCCAGUCACCACCGGAUCCCCGCCGAUCCCUAUGCCAGUCGCCUCUACGCAACCCGUGGUGUGCACGACGGCCUUCACCCGGUGCCCUACCCUUAUCCUGGACAAGAAAGUCCGCCGGCGGUUCCCGGGCCCAUCCACCGCCCGUUCCCGGUAGAUCCCUAUGUCGGUGGCUACUACGCUCCCCGCGGUGGGCACGAGGUCCUUCACCCGGCAUCCUGCUCAUAUCGCGGAGGAGAAGGUCCGGCGGGGGUUUCCGGGGUGUCGUUGUACUACCACGGUCGUGGUGGUAGCGAACAACAUGGAUUCGCGGUGGAGGCGAUUCAUCCAUUCCCCGGCGCUAAUCCACUCGGUCAUAGCGCUGGUCAACCACAAUUUUCUACGGAACUGGAACACCCAAUUCCAUCCCAUAUGCAAUUCCCAGAUUGGAACAUGGCAAUGCAUCCUACCUCUAAACUAACAAAGAAAAGGACCCUGAAAGACCAGAAGUGGACCACCAAAGUAGUGCAAUCAGCAUAUUGUGAAGUUUGUAAGAUCAACUGCGACACUCAGGAAGUCCUGAUGAUACAUAAACAGGGGAAAAAGCAUCAGAAAAAUCUGCAGAAGCUACAAGAGUCUGUUACAGCAAAGGAAAAAGAAGAACCUAUAGCCGCUGUGGAGAAGGAAACAUCCAUUGUUGAGGAAGAAAAAUAUGUAGGUGAACAAAAAAGGAAAAGAGGUGCUCUAGCAACAACUGAGGAGUUGGAGGAGAAAAAGCGCAGGGUUCUCGAGGGAGGGGCAGCAGCAGAAGAGGUGAAGGUUUGCACCCUUUGUAAUGUAGUGGUCAACAGUCAGAAAGUAUAUGAAUAUCACAUUGCGGGGCAGAAACAUGCAGCCAUGGUGAAGAAACAGCAAGAAGCAAAAGCUGCGGCCGAGAGUUGAAGACAUUUAUGUUCAGAAGAAGAAGCAUUGACGCAAUCUCCACGGUGCAUGGAGGUGUACUCUUUGUUUCUUGAUCGUCUGUGAUUCUGGUCCUACCCACGGUGGAAACUGGUUGUGUUCCGUGGAUCAUUUGUUUGUCGACCCAUCAUACUGUAGCAAACGAGCUCGAAAGCGUGGUAGAUGGUGAAAUAUCUAGAACUUUUCUUCACCUUAACUUGGAUUCUGUUUAUGCCAGUGAUGUUUGUUUAUGUCAACUGGGAUUCAAGACAAUCUAAUUUACUUCUCUCA